AAGUCUUGAGGUAGUUAUAUUUCAAUUAAUAUACUGCUUAAUUAUUUUUUUAAUUUACGAAAAGGGGAGCCUGGCAGAACCUGUACUUGGGUUCCGUCUUUCUGUCGGAGGACUCUUCGUGACGCACCAGGCGGAAGCGGCGUCUCAGACCGUUGCCACGUCGGAAUUGAAAUCAAAUUCGCAGUCUUUUCUCUUUAUUUAAGCUCUACAAUUUUAUUCUCUGGAGGGCCUCUUGGCAGUCUACAGUCAUGGUUUCUGUCAUCAACACCGUGGACACGUCACACGAGGACAUGAUCCAUGACGCUCAGAUGGACUACUACGGCACCCGCCUGGCAACCUGCUCAUCUGACCGCACUCUCAAGAUCUUUGACGUCCGGAACGGUGGCCAGAUCCUCGUUGCCGACCUGCGAGGGCACGAGGGUCCCGUGUGGCAGGUGGCGUGGGCUCACCCCAUGUUUGGCAACAUCCUGGCGUCCUGCUCCUACGACCGCAAGGUCAUCGUGUGGAAGGAGGAGAACGGCGCCUGGGACAAGAUGUACGACUACACGGGACACGAGUCGUCAGUGAACUCAGUGUGUUGGGGUCCGUACGAGUUUGGUCUGAUUCUGGCGUGCGGCAGUUCUGACGGCGCCAUCUCUCUGCUCACCUUCACCGGAGACCAGCAGUGGGACAUUAAGAAGAUCAACAACGCGCAUACGAUUGGCUGCAACGCGGUCAGCUGGGCUCCCGCCGUGGUGUCGGGAAGCCUGAUCGAGCAGCCGUCCGGACAGAAGCAGAACUACAUCAAACGCUUCGUGUCCGGAGGCUGCGACAACCUCGUCAAACUCUGGAAAGAGGAAGACGGCCAAUGGAAGGAAGACCAGAAGCUGGAGGCGCACAGCGAUUGGGUGAGAGACGUGGGCUGGGCGCCUUCCAUCGGACUCCCGACCAGCACGAUCGCCAGCUGCUCGCAGGACGGCCGCGUGUACAUCUGGACGUGCGACGACCCCGCGGGCAACGCGUGGACGGCCAAGCUGCUGCACAAGUUCAACGAUGUGGUCUGGCACGUCAGCUGGUCCAUCACCGGGAACAUCCUGGCCGUGUCCGGGGGAGACAACAAGGUGACAUUGUGGAAGGAAUCGAUGGAGGGCCAGUGGGCGUGUAUCAGCGAUGUCAGCAAAGGCCAGGGAGCCGUGUCCGCCAUCACAGACACGCAGCAGGCGGAACAGUGACACACACAUGCGCACACACACUCAAUUUGUCCACAUGGUUGUCCAAAAAUGUAAUUGACUUUUUUUAAAUCACUUGCCCAAAUAUGUCCCCCCCAUCGUGUUCUUGUACCCUAAACAUUCCGCCCCCCCUUCAGCGUGUCCUCAAAAUGGUCGUCAGUUAUUGGCUCGUUAAGUCAGACUGACCAACCAAUCGGGAGCAGGAAGCGCACACCUGUUUCCUACUUGUAUGUAAUUAUUAAUAAAAAAAAAAGAGACAAUAUGAAGAUGAACAAA